UUUGUUGUUGUCCGGUGUCUACGGCGUGUUAUUAACUUUAAAUAAAAUAAAUCAAUUGUGAACACUUCAAUGCUCAUAGAAAAAAACCAAUACGAUUAUUAGUUUUCUAUAAGUAAAGAUGUCUCUUUGCUGUGCCUUGAGCUUUGAGGUUCCUGAGCAACCUGUUUUGUCUCCAGUAUCUGGAAGUAUAUUUGAGAAGCGGCUGAUUGUCAAAUACAUUCAAGAAAAAGGGACAGACCCAAUUAAUGGCAAAGAACUCACCGUAGAUAGUCUGAUCGAUAUCAAGACUCCCUCUGUUGUAAAACCAAGACCACCUUCUGCCACCAGCAUUCCAGCAAUUUUGAAAACACUUCAAGAUGAAUGGGAUGCUGUUAUGCUGCACAGUUUUACCUUGAGACAGCAAUUGCAAACAGCACGUCAAGAAUUAUCCCAUGCUUUGUACCAGCAUGAUGCUGCUUGUCGUGUCAUUUUGCGACUCACCAAAGAAGUAACAGCAGCACGUGAAGCUUUGGCCACACUGAAACCACAAGCUGGUAUUGCUGCAGCUCCUGUGGGUGCUCAACAACCUCAAUAUGGUGUAGAAGCAGCUGGUGUUGCUGAUCAGCCUAUGGAAGAAGCAGGAAUGACACCUGAAGUUAUUCAAAAGCUUCAAGACAAAGCUACUCUUUUGACUACUGAGAGAAAGAAGAGAGGCAAGUCAGUUCCGGAAGAUUUAAUAAAACCAGAGCAGAUUCGACAAUUUCAGACCCUGGCUUCCCAUCCCGGUUUACACAGUGCUGGUGUUCCUGGAAUUUUGGCAUUGGAUGUCUGCCCCUCUGAUACCAGCAAAAUUCUGACUGGAGGCAACGACAAAAAUGCGACACUCUUCAACAAAGACACAGAGCAAGUCAUCACCAUCUUAAAGGGGCAUACAAAGAAAGUCACUUCUGUGAUCUUUCAUCCUGAAGAGGAUACAGUAAUUACCGCAUCUCCCGAUUCGAUGAUUCGUAUCUGGCACGUUCCAACUUCACAGACAGUCCAAGCCAUUCGGGCUCACGAAGGUGGUGUGACUGGUCUCAGCUUGCAUGCCACUGGUGAUUACCUGCUGAGUACAUCCAAUGAUGAGCACUGGGCCUUCUCUGACCUACGUACUGGACGUGUGCUCACCAAAGUUGGGGAUACAACUACUGCACAUUCAUUGACUACGGCCCAGUUUCACCCUGACGGUUUGAUUUUCGGUACUGGAACUUCAGAUUCUCUUAUAAAGAUAUGGGAUUUGAAAGAACGUGCUAAUGUCGCUAAUUUCCCAGGGCACUCUGGCCCUAUAUCUGCCAUAGCGUUUUCGGAGAACGGCUAUUACCUGGCCACUUCUGCUGAUGAUUCUGUUGUCAAGCUGUGGGAUUUAAGAAAGCUAAAGAACUUCAAGACUAUAACCCUGGAUGAAGCUUAUGAAGUGAAAUCUCUAUGCUUUGAUCAAAGUGGAACCUAUCUAGCUGUAGCAGGUUCUGAUAUUAGGAUAUACUUGUGCAAACAGUGGGACAAUUUGAAAACCUUUUCUGACCACACAGCCCUUGCGACAGGUGUCAGAUUUGGUAAUCACGCUCACUUCCUGGCGUCUGUCAGUAUGGAUCGUACACUGAAGAUAUAUGGACUUUAAAGGAAAACGAGGCUGUCAGACGAUCCUAGAAACAUGUAUCAUUAAAAAAAUGUUGAUGAUUGAAUUCAUUCUUUGAUGAUACUUUCAUUUAGUAACUAUUAUGUAUUCUGAAAUAUCUUCUCUUUCUGGAUUUUUUUUAAAAAAUUGUACAUGAAAGGAUCUUUAACUUCUGUAAUUAUAUUUUUGAUGAACUAUUUCUUUAGCACCUAAAGUUAAGAAAAAUAUAUAGAGUUGAAGGCCAGUGUUAUGAGCAUUAGUUCAUAUUUACCACUUCUUAUUCACAUAAAAGUUAUUUUUUCUAUUUUGAAGAGUUCAUGUCUUUCAAAUUUCUGUGAUGGUUUAAAAUUUUCCUUAGAAACACUUGCAGUUUGCAUAUUAUUCUAGCGUUUAAUAUUAAUUUGAAAUAAAGCACAAAAGGAACUUAUUCCUUGUACAUGUAUAUGAUGUUAGUUGUUUUCUUGUCAUUUUGAAGUACAUUCAUCAUUGAUGCAAUUCUCAUCAUAAACAAGAAUUCAGUCAUCAAACAUUUUGAUUUUUUUAUCACUUGACUUAUUACCAUUGUCUGGAUGGACUCAAUGUAAUAUUGUUUUGACGUAUCAAUAAAUUCAU